CCUAUUGUAAACAAAGGGCUGCUAUUUCAACGGAAGGUUAUGGUUAAGCGACGUAUCACGCCAGGUGAGCCCACCGCAAGAAUUCAGUCAUUCAUAAAGCAACAAUGGAUUGUACUUCAUUAUUAUUUCCUAUGGAAAUACCAAAAUCUAAAAAUAUCAACACACAACGUGUACCGUAAGUAGAAGGUAGGCUACUAACACAGACCAAGCCCCAAAGAAAUAAACGUUAUCAAAAGACCCAGCAAAAUGGUGGCGAUCAUUCCAAACUUUAUGCCGUUGUGCGUUUUACUUGGAUCUGAUAUCCCACUAACAAGUGGCGUGGAAGGAAUUGAUGAGAAUCAUGUUAUAAGUUGGCUAAGGGACGGCGAGGAGAUUACUCGAGGUGAAGAAACAUUGGCAGACGAUCACUGCAGCGAGCGUUUAGUUCAUCAAGUACAGCCCAAUGGGAUGGUUACGCUUAAUAUACGAGAUGCGCAAUUAAGUGAUGGAGGGACGUACUCGAUUAGAGUAUACGAACGACGCCAAGACGGAACUCUGCAGCAGAUCGCGCAAGAAGAAGUUGCGUUUGUGAACGUAGGUGAAUACAACGACGAAAACCCGAGAAUGGACAUUGUACUGGAAAACCGACAGCUCAACGAUGGUCAUGGUUACGUAUAAAGAUGUUGUGCUGAUAUCUAAUUUAAAAUCGGAAUACAUAAAUUAGGCAGUCUAGCUCUGUCAUCAGAAUCCAAUUGUGACUGGUGGUUUUGCGAUUGUUGUCGAUUCUGAGCCUGAAUCAUAUGGAUGCAUCUUCUUCAU